CUUUGAGAACCGCUGCUUUAACUCAUCCUUUCGAAUACAUUAAUAUUCUUCAUUUUAAACAAUUCAAGUUGCCUGUGUGUUCAGAGUCACUAUCCAACUGGAAGGUGUACCUCUGUCACAAUCCCAGGUCCCUUGCAGAUUGAAACAUAUUUUCAUCUACAAUUUCCCUGUUUGACUCCAUCUACCUUUUCCUUAAUCCUAACCAGUUUCCCAGCUCCUGCUAAAGAAAACUGUCUCCUCGCAAUUGUGCCUCACCAUACUUCACUGUGAGGAUGAUAUUCCCAGGGCAAUGAUGACUACUAUUUUGUCUUUGUAGUACUCACUUACUGUAGUUUUACACACAACUGUUACAAAGUUCUGGCCAGAGAUUUAUCUUUCAAUUUCUUUGGGGACAGAGGCUAUUGAACAAGGCUAAAAGGAUAUUAUAAUAGGUUAGAUUGUCUAAUUGACUGACUGAGAAAAAGAAAGUACAGGUAUGUCUACCUGGUUUCUCAACUACAUUCUUUGAGCCCCCAUAUACUCUGAACCCAUAUAGCAGGGGUCCUCAAACUAAGGUCCGAGGGCCGGAUAUGGCCCUCCAAGGUCAUUUACCCGGCCCUUGCUUAAGGUCAGCUUAAGUCUGAAACAGCUUGAAAGCACACAACAACAACAACAAUCCUUUCUCAUCAGCCAAAAGCAGGCCCACACUUUCCAUUGAAAUACUUUUAAUUAUUGUAAUUUUUUUUAGUGUUUUUGCGCUACAAAUAAGAUACGUGCAGUGUGCACAGGAAUUCAUUCAUGCUUUUUCCAAAUUAUAAUCCGGCCCUCCAACAGUUUGAGGGACUGUGACCUGGCCCUCUGUUUAAAAGGUUUGAGGACCCCUGCCAUAUAGUUUCCCUCUUUUUGUUUUCAACUCUUCUGUUGCUGACUUGUUUUGGUUUCCUAACACGUUGCUUUUACAUUUUCUGCUUUGUCCUACCAUCCCUCUGCAAUCUUCUUCUUCCAUCUUUCUCUUGCCAGUCUCAAAAUAUUCCAUUCCAUCCUUGACUCAUCAAGCUCCGCCCCCAUUCUAAAGAUAAGCCCACUGACAGUUGCUUUAGAAAGAAUGUACUUGCUUCUCUCCAUUUUGUCAUCCCUAUGCCCAUCUCAGUUCACAACCUGCCAGCUGCUGAACAGGGCACCUCUCUCCCAUCCCACUCAUAACGCCAGGAUGAGAGCACUUGGGAUAUUUCUUUGGCCUUUCUCUGAAAAUGGCUACAAAUUGCUCCUGGCUCUUGGUAGUGUGCCUAAGUAAUAUCUUGAUUGAGACUGUCGGUCAGGCAUCCCCUUUGGACGCUAGGCAUGUCUCUUACGAGGUAACCAUUCCAAGGAAACUCAGAUCUAGACAUGAACAAGAAGAAUCCUGGGAUCUCUCCUAUUUUUUGCAGAUUAACAGGAAGGGCCACGUGGUACAUCUCAGGCGCAAGAGUGGCUUCCUUUUUGAACCUUUCCCCAUCUUCACCUACAGUAUGGAUGGGGAGCUUCAGGUUGAUCAUCCUUUCAUCAAGAAUGACUGUUUUUAUCAUGGUUUCAUACAGGAUAAACCUUCAUCUUUAGUUAUCCUCAACACUUGCUCUGGAGGACUCCGAGGUCUAUUUCAAUUAGAAAACAAAACCUAUGAAAUCGAGCCUAUUCAGGCAUCUGCAGUCUUUCAACAUGUGCUGUAUCACUUGGAAGAAAAGGAAAAUAGUGUCAAGUUGAAAUGUGGUGUAACAGCUGAAAAGAAAAGUCAAGAGGCCAUGAUUCAGAAUGCAAAAAAGUCAAUGUUCAAAGUUUCUUCUAUUGGAGGCUGGUGGACACACGUGAGAUAUGCAAAGAUUGCAAUUGUAAUAGAAAAUGAACUAUAUAUGAGGUUUCACAAGAAUGAAACUCUUGUUGCUCAGCGAGUUUUGGAUGUUAUUCAUACAGCAAAUUUAGUCUAUAAUUCACUUGGUGUUCGUGUGGCCUUGGUAGGCCUAGAGAUAUGGUCAGAAAAGAACUUCAUAACAUUUACUGAUGAUUUAGAAUUGGCACUUGAAGAUUUCAACCGUUGGAGAAAAAAUAUCCUUGCACCACGUCUACGGCAUGAUGCAAGUCAUAUAUUUGUGAAUAAAACAUUUUCAGGAAGAGCUGGAUUCGCAUUUAUUGGAGGUAUUUGUGAUCCUGAGUAUGCAUCUGGUAUAGAAUUAGAUACUGGAUCUAAGGUGUCCUCUUUUGCUUUUGUUUUCAUUCAUGAGUUGGGUCACAAUCUUGGCAUGGUUCAUGAUAAAAAACAUUGUACUUGUUAUCUACCAAACUGUAUUAUGGCUGAACAUCACAGCCACACUUACAGGUUUAGUAACUGUAGUUAUAUUUCUUAUUAUAGGCUCAUGACUUUAGGUCAUACAGAAUGUUUGAGAAUACCACCGGAACAUGGUCAGCUGUUCAGAUUAAAAUCUUGUGGCAACAAGAUAGUUGAGAAUGGAGAACAAUGUGACUGUGGUUCAAAAUUGCAGUGUAAAGCAGAUAAGUGCUGCCAGUCUAAUUGCAUGUUCCGUCCAGGAGGCACUUGUGCCUUUGGACAAUGCUGUGGCAAUUGUCAGUAUCUUCCAGUUGCAACCGUUUGUAGAAAAAGAACUAAUGCCUGUGAUCUUCCUGAGUACUGUAAUGGGACUUCAGAGUGGUGUCCUGAAGAUGUUUAUGUACAAGAUGGUGCCCCUUGCAGUGAUGGUGCAUAUUGUUAUCAUGGCAACUGCACUACUCACACCAAACAGUGCAAAAUGAUAUUUGGCAAGAAAGCAACAGUGGCUUCAGAGGACUGCUUCAGAGAAGUGAACAGUCAAGGUGAUCGUUUUGGAAACUGUGGCAUUAAUAAUGGCACAGAAUAUAAAGGAUGUAAAAGAGAGAGCAUCUUGUGUGGACGGAUUCAGUGUGAAGAUGUUUAUAGCUUGCCUCUUUUGGAGGAACACCGCACUAUCGUUCAAACGCACAUUGGGAACAGAGAGUGCUGGGGUACAGACUACCACAGUGGACUGAAAAUAGCUGAUAUUGGAUCUGUGAUUGAUGGCACCCCUUGUGGUAAAGACAUGAUGUGUAUUAGUGGUCAGUGCAUGAAUGUGUCUUUCUUGAACUAUGACUGCUAUGUCUCCAAGUGUCUUAAUAGAGGAAUAUGUAACAACCACAAACAUUGCCAUUGUAAUUAUGGCUGGUCCCCUCCUAACUGUCGAAAUAAAGGCUAUGGUGGCAGUAUUGACAGCGGCCCUGCUCCACCAAGAAAGGAAAGUAAACCUGAUGCCAGGACAAAAUAUACAAUAGUAGUUAUAUUUGCCCUUUCUGCUGCUUGUUGUGCUGCACUGUGCAUAACCUUUAUAACUGUACUGAGACACCACUUUCCAAGAGCAGAUCUAAUAAUCAACCCAGAAGAACCAGUGGAGGAGACAACUCCUGCAUAGUGUCAAAAACUUAU